AUGGAGAUAAAGUUGUUUGCUGCAAGAUUAUCUGUGAUAGUCUUUACCGUUCUAGUAUGCAGUCCUGUCGUGCAGUCGCAGAAGGCCCACGACAAGUACUCCAAACACGCCAAUGCAUUGCCGGAUUCCGAAAUAUACGAGCCGGAUUUCCGAAACAUCCAGCGACCAUUCCGCAUGGCGAAACUAAACCUUGUCUGGACGAAGGCACAGCAUCGACUCACCGAACCGAAACUGAAAUCACUCUAUACGGAACUGAAGCUGCACGAUAAGGAAGAAAUUACGUACAAGCAGCUUAAGGAGAAAGAUAAGGAUGGGUUGAAAGAAGCUGAGCUGCGCAACAAGCUGGUUAGAAUCAUGAGCACCUACGGUUUACUGGAACAUUUCGACGAUACGCAGGAUCCAGAAAAGUACAAAAUGUACAAAUCCAACGAUGGCACAGGAAAAAAAGAUACGUACAAAAACAAGAGCCUCUUCAAGGACAAGAAGUUAAACAAACUGUGGGACAAGGCGGAGGCGGCCGGUUUCACAGUGGAAGAGCUUGAUGCGCUGCGUGAAGAGUUCGAUCAUCACCAGACUAAGAUCGACGUGUAUUACAGUCUGUUGGAGCGACUCGGUGAUGAAGCAGACAACCAGGGAGGAAAUGCCGAUACGCAUCUCGCAAACGCGAUCAACGAGGACGAACACGAUCGAUACAAUGAGGUGGAUCGGGCGGAGGAAGGAGAUCGAUCGGGGCAGCAAGGAGCUAACAAACAGCACGCAUAUCUACAUAAAUCGAACCAGUUGCGUGAAAAGCAUCGCGAAAUACGGGACAACUUCGAUCGGUUAGAUCGGAUUGCUUCCAAGGGACCGAACAGCCAGGACUUUGUCGAACCGAAGGUGCAGGGUUUAUGGCGUGUGGCACUCGCGAGCGACUUUAGCGCUGACGAGUUGGCCUCACUGAAGGUGGAACUGUUGCAUUACGAAAGCCGGCUGCUAAAGUUGCGCCACAUGCAUGCGGAGCAUGCGCUUAGCCUGGAGAAGCAUAAGCAGAGCGAUGCCAAAGCGGACACUCACAAGCAGAUGGAAGACAACAUCAAGAAGCAAACGCGUAAAGUGGAGAAAAUUCAAGAAGAGGUCGAAAGAAGAAUAUUCAAACACUCGGAAUUGUGA